AUGUGCGAGAUAUACGUGCAGAUGACAAAUCAGGGACGAGCUGAUGGGCAUUGUCGCGGAGCGAGCAGCGGAGGGGAAGCAGUUGAAUCGGCCGCUACCCCGGUCGCCAAUCACGGCCGCGGCAUCAAUCGACGAGCUUGUCCCCACGGAAGCAUCGUCGACGGGACUUUGAGGCGGGACAGCGACUAUCCGGACCCUAGUAGCAUGCAGGAUUGGUUCCUUGGAAAGGUAUGGGCUCCUAGAGCUCUGCAGCUACGAACAUCUGGCUUCGACGAUGCCGUAGCUCCCGAGUUCGAACUCGCAGGCACUUGGCUGAACAAGGCGAGGAUGGAGAAACUGCUUCUAGAUUGCGCCUCGAAGGACAAACAGGCUGUUAGACCCGACUUGAUUGGGGCAUCGGCGAUGAGCGCCAUCGCUGGGCCCCAUGUAUGUAUCCCCAGGUAUCUCGCCUUUGCCGCGAUGCCGGAGCUAGAGGCGGUACCGCUCUGGGAGGUAUCGUGGGGCGGCGGCAUCUGUACUGCGCGCUUCUCGCGGGACGAGAGUUCCGGCUGA